CAAAUCUUUCUCAAACAAAAAGAAAAAAGGAGAAUAUAUAUGAAACUAAUUAUGCAAACCAAAGUCAUGAUAGCUUUGUUGUUAGCCAUAAUCUUGGCACUGAUAGCCAGACCAGCAGAAGCAGCACCGCCGCUUGUGUAUUGUGUGACAAAGAGGAUAGAAAGAGUGCCGGGAUGUUACGAUGCGUUGAGGUUAGCGGCUGACAGAGACUACAGAUGGUUAUCGGUAGACUGUUGCAGAGCAGUAUACGCAACACUUCCUGCUACUUGCUUCUUAAAAGUUUUUCGUGACCUUAUUUUACCAAUCAGUGUCUUCCGAGAUAUUUGUACUAAUACUGUUCCUGCUACUGCUCAAUCCCCAAGUUUCUGAUUUCUCUUAUAUCUUUUGAUGAUAUGAUAUUUAACAAUAUAUGAAGCAAGUCAUU